AUGGUGCGGUUCCUGGCUCUGUUGGCGGCAGGCGCCCUGGCGGUGCACCCGGAUGGCAAAGGUGGCGGCGAGCCGGUGCCGGAGGCAGAGCGGGAGGAGAACGCAAAAAGGAUCCCAUGCCCUUUUCUGGCAGGGUUGUACCAAGAAGGGAUCUUGAAGCCGGAUCAGUAUGGCCGCGUCAACUCCCAGCACAUGAAGGAGGCCAUGAUGGCGGCUGGAUCUACUAUCCCAAAUGCAAUCUUUCCCUCUUUUGGCACGGUGCGCUUCAAGGAGGACGACCUCCACCAGACCAAGCGACACUGGGAUUAUGGGCUGAUCCCCAGCGGCGUCAUCGACGACUUCGGGUUGGAGAAAGAUUUGUCGACGCUGUGGCUGAACAUCAUGACGAUGAACGUCCCCGACAAGUGCAUCGAUGCCGCGGGGCAUGCUGCCGUGCCAAGCAAGUUUCCUUGCAACGCGAACCCACAGCAUGUGCAGCACGGCUACUCCACAACCAUUCGAGAUCCCAGGUACGAUGCGGAGGACCCAACACGUGAGAAAAGGUACAAGGACUGGAUAGAGCCUACUCUGGUCAAGAACACCACCCUCAAUGCCACUGAGCGGGUGAUGACCUUCGAGGGCUUCACAGCUUUGCUGGCAAGAAUGACAGUGGAGGGUGACCUCAGUGGCGAGUGGUCGCUGAAGCCGAACUUUGAGUAUGAUGGCAGCAACGUGCAGCACUACCAUCCCCAUAUCAGCCAGGUGAAUGCCGAGGCUCUGUACCACUGGGGCCCCUGGCUGGCUUGGGUGGGCCUCUGGGAGGCCUACGGAUAUCCGUACCCGGAUGGAUCGAAGGCGAAGUACAUGACGGAGAGUGAUCUCCGUCGCUUUCUUCUUCAGGGCAAGCUGCCGCUUGGCUGGAGCCCGAAACCCUUCACCUUGGAGGAUGUCGGCUACACGAUGAUUGCCUUCAAGGGGCAUCAAAUCCCAUUCGGCGACCUUUACUCCGAAUCCUUAGCCAAGAAGUUUCCGCUCACGAGCUUCCUCCCGAAGGUGCUCGGCACUGAGUGGAGGUACAUGAGGAAUUAUGCGGACAACCAGCGCUCUCUUGGCUUCUUCGAGGACAACAUCGUCAAUCCGAUGCCUGGGCCGAGCGCCCUCAUGGCCCACUUGCCUGUUGGAUCCGUGCACAUAUCCGGUGAGCUGAAGAACUUCAACACCGAGGAGGAGUUCAGAGGCUUCCUGGGCAACGCUGAAGCGCGCAGCAGCUGCCUCGCCGAGGCAGUGGGCCAGAUCCGCAGCGACAUCGAGUCCGGAGCUGCCCUCGAGGAGCCGGCGAAGCUCAGGCGGCUGCUGCUGUGCACCUUUGCUGACCUCAAGAAGUAUCACUACAGCUAUUUGCUGAGCUUACCGGCUCUCCGAUUGGCUUCGCCCUGGGCCUGGCGGCCUGCUGGCCGGACAGAGGCAGUCCUGGAUCGCGCAGAGGUGGUGCAGCUCGCGCGAAGCCUCCGUGAGGACACGACGCAUUCGGGCGUGCGGCUGCUGGUCCGGGGCGAGGCAUGGUCCGUCCAGCCGCUUUCGGAGCUCAGGCGCCUGAAGGGCCUGGCGCCGGAUGCCUUGAUCGUGGCUUUCGUGGACCCUGCCUCGGACGAGGCACCUGGCUGGCCUCUCCAGAACCUCCUCGUGCUGCUGGCCUUCCACCGCCCGGGGAAAUACCGCAUUCUCGGCUUUCGUGACCCGCAGCUGGCUGCCGGUUCACAUGGCUACAACGGCACCACAGGCUCAGCACCUCUGCGGUCGCGGCUCUUCGACGUCGACGUGCCGGCAGCGGAAGCCGUGCCAGCGGAAUGCCGGCCAGGCUGGUCGAACCUGGGAACGUGCAGGUUCCGUGCGUGGGACCCUGACUUGCAAGACCUGUCUGUGUGCCCCGCUGCGCUUCUGCUGCCAAAUGCCAAAGGCUGCAACGAGCAAUCGCAGCCUUUGUUGAGCAUCCCCACAGCUCGUUUAGCCAUUCCGCCCGUUUCAAUGUUCUGGUUCGGGCUCCUGCUUCUGCCGUUGAUGGCUUGCUCCCUCCAGCAUGGAAUCGUGGUGGGCAAGGGAAUGGAUGUGGGCAAGGAGCACACAGCAGUUCUGAAGCCGGAGGUGCAGAGCUUCAACUUGGAGGAGUUGUUACAUGGUGGAGCUCUGCCACAGGGCAUGGGACCCUGGACGACGGUGUUUCAGGCCUUGGGUCGUGGAAACCGCAUGCCAGCGGAUGAGCUGAUGAACAUCAUGGACACGAGUGGCGUGAGUGGCGAGCUCUCUGCGGCUUACGUCGACCCGCAGUUGAGGACCGAGCUCGGGAACCAAAGCGUGAAGCAGCAGAUUCGGAAGUUGAGUAAUGACACCGGAAUGCUCAUGAAGGCAGUGCAGCAAGACCCCCUGGUGCAACAGCUGGCGGCGAUGGACCCGGCCAUGUCCAAGGUCAUCAGCAGCCCAAGCGCCUUGAAGAAGAUAUUCAGUCCUGAGCUUUUGGACCAAGUGCAGCGCGGAGAGGUUCCGGACGAAAGUUCCAUGCAAAGCAUCUUGGAUUCGGCCAACUCGGACGGGAAUCCCCACAGGGCAUCCACGGCAUCGCCUUCAAAAGCACCUGCCACCCUGGUGCUGGAGAACGGGUUGAGGCUGAAGCAGGUGCGGCCAGGAGACGGGCAGCACUUUCCGCAGCAGAAGGAUCUCCUCUCCGUGCGGUACGCAGGAUAUCUGACGGAUGGCACUCUCUUCGACCACGGCGAGUUCGGAUUCGAGCUCGGCGCUUCAGAGGUCAUCCGGGGCUGGGAGAUGGCUUUGCCCCACAUGAGCCUCGGCGAGCGCGCCGCGCUGCAGGUGCCAGCUGCUCUUGGCUACGGUGCUGCAGGUAAAGGCUCCAUUCCGCCCGGGGCCGACCUGAUUUUCGAUGUGGACCUUCGCAGCAUCAACAAGCUGGCAGCACCUGCUUUGGCAGAGUGA